GUUCUUGCAUAUCUAUUGGCUGUAAGCAGAGCAGGUUGUAGAGUGCUGUGGGCUACCAUUGGCUCUGGAGUGAGGAAUGCUGUGUUUUGCUUGGGUCUGGGUCUGGCAGCAAAGGUCCAUGAGAGUUGUAGUUUGGUUUCGGAUUUGUAUAAAAUUGUGAAUUGAUGUGGUCGUGAUGGCUUUUUACAGAGAAAUAGGCGAGAAAUUUAUACCAGAUAUUAAAACAUAUACUGUAAUAGAAUGUGUUUGACUAGAUUGCAAAUGUUCGCAUAUACGCAUACGAGGCUAUUAAAAUGGACGACUGAUGACUGACAGUUAUGUGAUUGAAUUUUUUAAAUUUAGGAAGUUGGGGAAUAGUGAUUUAUUAUUUUAAUGACAAGGACGACUAUCAUGUCGGGGCACGCAGUUGUGGUUUGGGAAUGGGAAAAUAGGCAGGCACGAUGGCGUCCGUACAGUCCUGAAGUAUCACAGCUUCUGGAGAGGGCCUACAGCAAAAAAUUGACUCGCGUGAUAUUGAGCGAUGCAGAUCCUUUACUGGAAAAAUAUUACAUAAAUUUGAAAACAAAGACCCAAUGUUCAGAAGACUCUGGUGUUCCACAUAAUGUCCGGCGGAAGUUUUAUCGCCCAGAUUCUCCUGCUGGAAAAGGAUCCAAGUGGGAAUGGGCUGGAGAUGGACCUGGAGAGUGGCACACAUAUGAUAUGGAAAUCCAGUGUUUGAUAGAAGAGGCGUGGGCUCGAGGAGAGAAGACUAUAGAUGUCAGUAAAUAUUACCCUGCAUUCCCAUACAUCAUAAAUUUUUGUAAUCUUACUCAAGUUCGUAAUAACACUGGUUAUGUGCGAAACGUCCGGAGAGUACAGCAGGCACCAUACCCUCUCGUCAAGGUGCAGCCUGAGGAUUUGUGCAAUGGUCCUGCAGUGGCAGGUCGUAGAGCUACUCAGAACAUUAAGACACAACCUAGAGCGUGUAAUAAUGGAACCAAAGGAGAUAGCAGUAUGCUUUUGAAAGAUGCUACUAACUCCCUAAAAAAGCAGUCCAGUAUAUGCAGUAACCAGAAGAAGAAUCCAAAGAAAUGUAAAAAUACCAACGAUGGGCCUGGAAAUAUUGCUCGUACAAUUCUUAGCAAUUUGAAUAUUUUUGGGAGCAAAAACAGUUCCUCUCUCUCAGCAUGUAAUCCAAUGGUAGGUGCAGCUUCUAAUAGUUCUGCACCACGAAACUGCAGUAAAGAAUCUGUUCUGGAUGUAGAUUCAAGUAGUACGAAAAGUGGUCGUCGCCCAAGCGUAGAUACAGUGUCCACAUACCUGAGCCAUGAGUCAAAGGAUGAAUUGAGGUCAUCCCAAGGAGAUUUAUUAGAUUGUAGCAAUAAUAGUGAAGAAGUUUUUGAAAAUCCACAAAAAACGAUUAAUACGUGGAAAAUGAAAAAUAGAUGUUCAGGUUUUGGCUCAAUCGUUGGAGUUGACCCUGCUAGUCAUGUUAUUUCUCAGUAUGUCCGUGUUGUUGAGGAUGGUUGUUGGUCAGAUGGUCGAUGUCCAAUAUGUUUGAUGGAGUUGGCAGCUGAAUCAAGUGGGUGCAUGGUGGUAGCACUCACACAGUGUUGCCACCAACUUCAUCUUGAUUGCUUGAAUGCCAUGCUCUCUAGACAGGCUUGUAAAAAAAACAUGUAUAUUCAGUGCCCUGUUUGUAUGAUGAUUUAUGGUGAAAAGACUGGCAAUCAACCUGAAGGAAGUAUGGAUUGGACCAUAUUAAACUGCUCUCUUCCUGGAUAUCAAGGGUCUCGUACAAUACAAAUCACAUACAAUAUUGCUUCAGGCAUUCAAGGACCUGAACAUCCAAACCCAGGGCGACCAUAUUAUGCCGUUGGAUUUCCAAGGAUAUGUUACAUUCCUGAUACAGAUAAAGGUCGAAAAGUUUUGAGGCUUUUGUCUGUUGCAUUUGAAAGGCGCUUAGUGUUCACAGUAGGAAGAUCGGUAACAACUGGAAGGGAGGAUGUUGUUACAUGGAACGAAAUACACCACAAAACUGAACCUGGAGUAUCAAGUUCUGGCCACGGUUACCCAGAUCCUACAUAUCUUGAUAACUGUCUCAAAGAGUUAGCUGCCCAUGGUAUUACAGAAGACACUAGUGUGUACCAAGAACUGUGUUGAUAAGGCAGGUUAAAUUUUGUAAGCAUAUGUCACAAAAAGCUUGCAAUCUAUUAAAAUAAUAUUGUGUAGUGUCAUUCAUGUGUUUAAUGUAGCAUAUCUUGUGCUUUGAGAUGAAUUCUUUUAGGUAAGCAGCACUUUUGUGAAGAGUGUUGCAAAAGGCAGACCUGUUUCUUUAGGCUAUUACAGUGAGGUUCUAUGAUAUGCAUUUUUGGUGAGCACUCAAUGCUCUCAUUAACUCUCUAUCCUGCAAUUUUUUAUUAAGAAGUUCAAGCAAAACAUUUUAAAUUAAAAGCUCUUAAUUAAAGAGAUCUUAAUUAAAAAGACUUUUAAUAUGUAUGAUUGUGAACUUUGAUUAUUUUUACUGAAUAUCUUGUUUUUGUGAAAAGAAUGCGUAUCAUUGAAGUUUAUAUUUUUGGGUAAAAAAGAUUAAUAACCAAAAUGAAAUUGCUGUGGUCUGUUAUGACUUCUUAUGGACAUUUCUUCCAUGACAGGUUGUUAUCCAUUAUGCUCAAUUACGUUGACCUAAUGUUAAGCGAAUGGCGACAUUGAUAUUAGUUCUUAUUAAGGUGAGAAUGGAAUUUUAGCAACCUGUUAGGCCAGUUUUUUCUUUUUUCAUUUAUUUGCUUUUGUCUUCAUAUUGUCAUUGGCAUAUUGUUAUUAAAAGGUAUAAAAUACUAUUCAUAAUUUAGUACUUGGUUAUUAUUUUGAUAUUUUAACAGGACAAUAAUUUGCUCUGGGAAUAAGUUGUUUAUCCAAAAUUCCAAAUGUAUAGAAUAGUUUCAAUGAAAUACAUAAUUUUAAAAAUUACUAAUUUCAAAAAUAAUUUUUAAUGUAUAUUUUUCAACUUUUGUACAAACAAUAGGCAUUGAAAUAUGUCUAAAUUGCUCAAUAACUAUAUGAUAUAGGCAAGUAAUUUGGAGAUUUUUUCUCCUUUGUAUGGAAUUAAGCGCAGUGUAAUGUUCAAGAUAAAUUAUGAGUUUUGUGUGGUAUACAUUUUUAAAAAAUAUUAUUGGUAGACAAUUAAUUAAAUUAUGUGGAUUCUUCUUAUGCAAAGACUUGAAUAAGGAAUCCUCUGUGUUUUAUAAAUUCCUUUCUACACAUGAAGCAAAAGUGCAUUUACAUUUCAUUUCCAGGCAGAGAUUUUAUAGGUAUUUCUUCUCAAAAAAUAUGUAAAAGAGAAUUAUUGUUGCCUUUCUUGUCUAACAUGUUAACAAACUUCGAAAGAAAGGAAAAAAAAUUAUUACUGGUUGUUACUCAAGCAUGGGAAUCAUUCAGUAAUUUUUAAACCUAUUUCUCUCCUGUGUUUUGUAUAUUUAUGUACAUUUAGUGCCAUGAGAAACUUGUUUUGUGACAAGAUUUGUGAUCUCUUUCUGGAACAUGCAUCAUGUGUUAUCAUUCAUGAUCGAGGUCUAGGCAAUUGUUGAAGCCUUUAACUUGAUUUACAGAAAAGGGUUACUUUUGGGGGGAGGGGGAAACAUACAAAAAACAAAUAUACUUUAUGCAAUUGAAAUUUUUGAUCUUAUCAGUAGUAUUUAAACUUUUUUAUUGGUAAAGAGAUUGCCCAGGAAGCAACUGUGGUAUGACAGGUUGACAGAUGAAGUCGAGUGUUUUAUUUUUGCAAGAUAAUCCAUGGACAUAAUAUGGUCUUAAGAUUCAGUAUUCUUUCUCUCAAAUUGUUGGACUGAUAAAGUGAAAAGUAUUUAACAAAAUAGGCAAUGAAUCUGUUAUCUCAAAUAUUUCUAUUCAAAUUGAAAAUUUGUAAAUGAUAUGUAAAAUAGUUGGUAUAUAUGUGGUGUGUAUUUCAUAAAUAAUUGUUGUAAGACAGAAAAGUGGGACCAAUAGUAAUUUGAACAGAUUUAUUGCUAAUAAUUUUAAUAACUAUUUUUAUUAAUGAAUUUUGUAUAACUGUUAUAAAGUAAUAAUGGUUUAUAUUUUUAAAUAUUUAGUGCAAUAGCAUAUUUAUUUUGUGCCAAAUGAAUUCAUUUCAUAUUUCUGAAAAAGAAAAAAAAAUUGUGUGAUAUAUAUAUAUAUAAUUAUUGUAAUUUUAUUAACACAAUGUAAUAAUCCUUUAUGGCAAUUGGCUGAUAUGUUUCCCACUAUUCCUGACCCUGUUCAAAUUAGAGUACUUAUUUUGAGUUUUAUCCACAAAAAAUAUUGGCAGAAUGGUGCAAAAAGAAGGUUAUAAGUGGAAUAGACAAAUUUUAGUGUAUCAGAAAAGCAUAUAAAAUCGGAAGGAACUGAAAAAAAACUUGUGGACUGUUUGAGUUAAACAUCUGCCCUGAAAAAUUACUUUCAAGUAAGAAAUAUUUUGUAAUACUGUAUAAACAAAUUAUUUUAUUUUUUAGAAAAAUAAUACUUUU